AUGUCAGUUUUUCCUUCCUCUCACGUGAGUGCCUUCUUAUAAAAGCUCGGGUUUCUUCAUUCGCAAGCGUUGGAUUUUCUCUUGCAGGAGACGAAAGGCUAAACUCAUCAGAUUCACGAACUCCACCGCUGAAAGAAGGUUUAUAAGCAUGAAACUUGAUACAAGUGGUCUUGAAUCAUUCACCCCAUUUCAUGGGGGAGGAAAUGAUCUUUGUGGAGGCUUCUCAUCAGUCCCAUCGUUUGAACUACCCAGUAGCACUAAUUUUGAUGAUUUUCAGAAAAAGGCGAUGCAGAUGGUAAAGCCAGCAAAAGGGACAACAACACUUGCUUUCAUUUUUAAGGAAGGAGUUAUGGUUGCCGCUGAUUCUCGGGCUAGCAUGGGAGGAUAUAUUUCAUCCCAGAGUGUGAAGAAAAUAAUUGAAAUCAAUCCUUACAUGCUUGGCACAAUGGCUGGAGGUGCCGCUGAUUGCCAAUUUUGGCAUAGGAAUUUGGGCAUCAAGUGCCGUCUGCAUGAGCUGGCGAACAAGCGGAGGAUUUCAGUAACUGGCGCUUCAAAGCUGUUGGCUAAUAUCCUAUAUUCAUACCGUGGAAUGGGUUUAUCAGUAGGAACAAUGAUUGCCGGAUGGGAUGAAACGGGUCCUGGUUUGUAUUAUGUAGACAGCGAAGGAGGGAGACUCAAGGGAACACGAUUCUCUGUUGGAUCUGGUUCUCCGUAUGCUUAUGGUGUACUGGAUAAUGGGUACCGCUAUGACAUGUCUAUUGAAGAAGCUGCUGAACUGGCUCGGCGUUCUAUUUAUCAUGCAACUUUUCGAGAUGGAGCUAGCGGUGGAGUUGCUAGCGUUUAUUAUGUUGGACCUGAUGGCUGGAAAAAGCUCUCUGGAGACGACGUAGGUGAACUCCACUACAAGUACUACCCAGUCGUUCCGAGCUCUGUUGAACAGGAGAUGACCGAGGUUGCCACAAGCUGAGAGAAAGAGGUUCCAUAUCACUGUUGAAAUGUCUGAGGUAGCUGCAACCUGAGAGAAAGAAGCUCCAUUGUUGAAAUCACAGAUUCUGGCUUUUUUUUUGGUCCACCCAUUUGGAAUUUCUAGUCUGACUUUUUUAUGUUCUCCCAUUUGGAAAUCCUAAAUGCUCGAGUGGGAAAAUUGGAAAAAUUCAUGUCCUUUGUGUUUUAAUGGAAGAAAUCAGAACACCUUGGUAUUCA